AUGGCCGAAGAAUUGCGCAACCGUGGCACUGUGCUUCCAGAGUCUGGAAAACGGAACAUACUUGUCACCAGCGCCCUACCGUACGUGAACAACGUGCCACACCUUGGGAACAUCAUAGGAUCAGUACUUUCGGGGGAUGUUUUUGCAAGGUACUGCAGAGGGCGCGGUGUCAGCACUCUGUACAUCGGCGGGACGGACGAGUACGGAACGACAACAGAGGCAAGAGCUCUCGACGAGAAAUGUACACCGCAAGAGCUCUGCGACAAGUACCACGAGAUUCAUGCCGAAAUAUAUGAGUGGUUCAACAUCAGUUUCGACAUCUUUGGUCGCACCACAACCAAGCUGCAGACAGACAUCACUCAAGAUAUCUUCCUGAAGCUAAACAAGAACGGCUUUUUGAAGGAGCGGAUGACAACUCAGCUCUACUGUCAAGAGCAUCACUCGUUCCUCGCAGAUCGGUUCGUCGAAGGCGAGUGCCCAGCCUGUGGCUAUGCGGAUGCUCGUGGCGACCAAUGCGACCUUUGCGGCCAACUUCUGGACCCUCUUGAACUGAAACACCCCCGAUGCAAAGUCGACGGUUCCACACCGAUCACCAAGGGCACGAAACAUAUUUUCCUGGAAUUGGACAAGCUGCAACCUGAGAUCGAAGCCUUCUUUCGAGGUUCCACUGCAAACGGCGCGUGGUCAAACAACGGCAAGAACAUCACUUCGGCCCGGUUGAAGGAAGGAUUGCAACCACGCAGCAUAACCAGGGACAUGAGAUGGGGAACAGAAGUUCCUCUACCAGGCUACGAAGAAAAGGUCAUCUAUUCGUGGUUUGAUGCCUGUAUCGGUUAUGAGGUUCAACUGCACCAGUUCAUCGGGAAAGACAACGUUGUCUUCUAUUCCGUGAUAUUCCCUGGCUCUCAAAUCGGCACUAAAGACACCUGGACGACGCUCCACCACCUCUCUACGACAGACUACCUUACCUACGAAGGCGGGAAAUUUUCCAAAUCUCGUGGCAUUGGCGUCUUCGGAGAUUCGGCUCAGAAGACUGGCAUUCCUUCCGAUAUAUGGCGCUACUACUUGCUCUCUCAUCGACCGGAGACUGGCGACAGCGAGUUUACUUGGGACUCGUUCAUUAGUUCCAACAACAACUUGCUCCUCAAGAACUUUGGCAAUUUCGUCAGUCGUGUUCUAAAAUUUGUCAACUCGCGGCACUACAACAAUAUCGUGCCAGACUGGUCCGAGUACCACGAACCCUCCUUCGAUACUUGGAAAGAGGAAGUCAACAAUCUUCUCACGCAGUACAUCCAAGAACUCGACGCCGUCAAACUUCGCUCUGCCGUAUCCACAGUCCUUCACAUAUCUCAGCAAGGCAACUCCUUUCUCCAGUCGAAUAAACUCGACAACAGUCUUGCUGAGAAUGAACCUUCCAAAUGUGCAGCCGUUGUUGGUCUAGCCAUCAACCUGAUUCACCUUCUUGCCUCUGUCGUCGCUCCAUACAUGCCGGAGACAGCGAGGUCCAUAAACACGCAGCUCCGCAUAGAUCCACUUCCUAUCCUCGAUCAUUGGAAUGCAGAUUCCAUCAACCCUGGCCAUGAAAUUGGCAAGGCGGAACACUUAUUCAGCCGUAUCAAGCCGGCGAAAGCACAAGAAUGGCGAAACAUGUUUGGCAGGGAAGAGGCGAUGAAAGUCAAGGAGGAGGGUGCCGCAAGGAAAGCGAGCAAGAGCACAGUGACGAAAGGGGGGAAGACCUCGGAGACCAAGUUAAACGGGUAAAACACGGCAUGUCGUGCGGAAGGCGUUGGACUCCGUCAUGAGCUGGACCCUGGUAGAUGUAGCCCUCAGGUCAUCUCAGCUAGUUCGGGAGGAAAUUGAUCCAGGU